CAACGUCGCCAUAGCAUAUUCCAACAUAUUUUUCAACGCAUAGUUCACUCAUUAUUCUUAUUUUCAAUUCAAGCACAAAGAAAUGAUACUCCGAAUACACCUUUGAACCCAUAUCGCUGGUGACCAACCCCAGUUUCGUCGCAUGCAAGUAUACGCCACGACGCAAAUAACAUGACGCACGGAAAUCGCAAGCAGACGCUGGAGGAGCGACGUAAAGGUGAACUGGCGCUCAGCGACUUUGUCGAAUAUGUCGAGAAGCAGCAAGCGCAUCGCGCUCCUCUGCACCGUGAUGUCCGUGGAGCAUCCGUAGCACCCAGCGACAGCGGCUAUUCCACCGUGAGCCAGGUGACGACAACAGAAGACCAUGCGGAGCUCGAUAUUCUUGACCAGCUAGGGCUGUCUGACAAUACAGGCCAGGUAGAGCUAAAACAACUGCUUCUGGAUGACUCGGCUACCGCAGAUGAUACGCUGCAACAACUCGCCGGUGUAGUACAGGCUCGACUUGGUGAAGGUCGUGGGGAAACAAUUUUCGACCUUGGACAGGAAGACAAUGGGGAUUGGAUGGGCUUCAACAAAGCACAGUGGGACACCGCCCUAGAGCGGCUCCGCAGAGCCGCACAAACGCUUCGGGCUGACUGUAAAGUGCUACUAACCUACAAUGUCGGUGGUCCAGAAGAGGUGGAAUCUAAAAACGAACGGAUCAAGCAUGCUUACGGCAAAAUUCUCAUUCGACAAGCUCCAGCGUCGCCUGAGGACGUGAUUGAAACUAGAAUUGCGGUAGUUGGAAAUGUGGAUGCCGGAAAAAGCACCUUGCUUGGUGUUCUUGUCAAGGGUAAACUCGACGAUGGCCGUGGAAGAGCAAGGAUCAAUCUCUUCCGCCACAAGCAUGAAAUCGAGAGUGGUCGAACGAGUUCAGUAGGCAUGGAAAUAAUGGGAUUCGAUACCCAUGGUGAGAUUGUUGGACGUGGGCAAGGACGCAAACAAUCUUGGGAGGAAAUCGGCAGGCAAUCUGCCAAAGUAAUUUCCUUCACAGAUCUGGCUGGGCAUGAACGCUAUCUACGUACCACUGUUUUCGGAUUGUUGAGCAGCAGCCCUAAUUACUGCCUGCUUAUGGUUGCUGCAAAUAAUGGCAUAAUCGGAAUGAGCAAAGAGCACCUUGGAAUCGCAUUGUCUCUGAAUGUUCCCGUCAUGGUGGUCAUUACCAAAAUAGAUAUCUGCCCGCCCAAUAUCCUCCAGCAGACCCUCACCCAGUUGACUCGCAUCCUCAAAUCUCCAGGUGCUCGGAAAAUACCCAUAUUCAUCAAAAACAUGGAGGAAACCGUUAACACAGCGACCCAAUUCGUUAACCAGCGGAUAUGUCCUAUAUUCCAGGUGUCCAACGUGACAGGAGAGUCUCUUGAUCUUGUCCGGACCUUCUUAAACAUCCUUCCACAUCAUGGACAGUACGACGCUGACGCACCCUUCGAGUUCCUGGUGAAUGAUACCUUCUCUGUUCCUUUCGUGGGAACUGUUGUUUCUGGCGUUGUUAAAUCAGGGGUGGUCCAUGCCGGAGAUUCCAUAAUGAUUGGCCCAGAUUCGCUUGGCCAGUUCCGGACAACAACUAUCAAGUCUAUUGAACGAAAACGUAUAGCCGUGCAUGCCUGCUCUGCUGGGCAGUCUGCUUCUUUCGCCCUCAAAGGUGUUCGUAGAAAAGAGGUGCGUAAGGGCAUGGUCGUUCUCCCAAAACUUGACCAGCCUCCAAAAGUGUAUCGCGAAUUUGUCGCUGAAGUCCUGAUUCUUUCUCAUGCAACUACCAUCAAAACAAAGUAUCAGGCUAUGCUUCACGUUGGCGCGGUGAGUCAGACUUGUGCCAUAAUCGACAUAGACCGUGACUAUAUCCGCACUGGGGACCGGGCUCUAGUUGCAUUCCGUUUCAUUCAACGCCCUGAGUUCGUAUCAGUUGGCGAUCGGAUCCUGUUCCGCGAGGGUAGAACUAAAGGGUUAGGGAUUGUGAAAGCAGUGUGCUAUGACCCCAGCAAUCCACUGAACCCAAAAAGUAAAGAGAACGCCGAAGGGAACGGUCAAGUACCACAGCGACAGACUAAAUAACGAAUUCAUGCUUCUCUUUUUUUGUUUGGACGGUAUGUGUAUCUGGUCCCAUCGGCGUUCCUACAUUAGCCAUUGAUCAUCUGAUAAAAGUUCUGCUCUUUGCGGACUUAUGCAAUUGGUGUUCAUAGACGACUAUCACGACUGUUUUGGAUGCUUUAUUCGCACGUUUUGCUCAAGUUCACUACUUUCCCAUUGUUAUUUCACUCAGCUUCACCUUUGAUGUGCAUAUUGAUUUUGCUUUUUUCUACUUCGUUUGGUUUUGGGGUUCCUUCGUCUCAUUCGCUCCAAGUUGCUCAAAAUCUCACGUACAAGUGCGGUAAAUACAUAAGAGCCUUGUACAAUUUUUGCGUUGGAAUAGAUGAAGCAAGUGUUGGAGAUAUACACUUGCUUUGUCU